AGAAUCUAACGAGUAGAUAGAUGAGCAAAUUAUCAGGGUAGGUCUGUUCAGGGCACUUCUGACUUCAGGGUUUAUUUGACGUUAUCAGGAACUGUCAGGCACACAGUUCGAUUUUAAAUUACCCAUAUAAUAUAUUGCGCAAAAUCUACGCGCUAUGUGAAGUUUCCAAAUUGUUUCGAAGUGGCUCGAGAUAUUUAUUAAGGCAAGACUACAUCUCGAGUGGUGCGAAGAGGUUAGAUUCAUCCUUAAAUACUUACCAAGUAUAAAUAUGUCAGACAAGGAGACGAAUGAUGAGAUCCAAGUGAUAGCUGAAAAACUGCAUAACGUUACGACCAUCGAGCCAACGUACAACAAUACUCCGCAACAGCAGCAGCAGCAGCAGGCAAAGAGUUCACGGAAAAGCAACAAUAACGGGGUAGUGCGUCAUCCUACAGAUAGCAAAAGGCCUGAUGCCACCACUACUACAGCUACCGCGGAGGAAUAUGUUUUUAUAAGAAACGUACCUGAGCUCAAUUUGCCUGAGAAGAUUCUAUUUGUUAUCGACACAGUGAGGGAGCAGCAAUGCACGCCUUUCAAACUAGGUACGGGUGCGAUAUACCUACCUCUGUUCAUGAUAAAACGUGUGGUGGAGAACUUUAUUGGCGCAAAGUCUACCAUACAGCCUGGGGUGCAUGAGUAUGCGCUGAUGAGCUUGGAUUCAUAUAGUGCUUCCUGGCUCUGUGACUACACCAGUAAUACAAAGACUAUUAUCAAUCAUCUGGAGAGUAUCACAGAAGAUGUACCAGACGAGGAGCAAAAGACCUACGAUUUAGGGUUGCUAUUUGAGGUAAUACACUCUCGGAUAGCAAUGCCAGGGAGGAGCCAACCGACGUUCACUUCACGUGUUAUCUUCAUAUAUGGACGAUCAAAUUCCGUCCCGAAGUUCCACACUGGACAGAAGUAUUUAGAGAAUUUAACGGAGAACCCAUACUUCUUCUUGGAUGUGCUGUUUGCCCAUGAACCACCUAGCGAUGACAAUAUGUGCGAGGCGGUAUAUGCCGAAAUCGCUGCUUUAGACACAACGAAUUUCUCUUAUAUCUUCGAAGUAGGUAGGAACGCUGCUAAAAUACAUGAUAAUAUGGCGAAGCUCUUAGCACAUCCGUUGCAACGUCCACCACAGAAGGAUGCUUCUUAUACUCUUUAUUCAAUGACGGCCAAUCAGGAAGUACAUACUAAUGUAUAGUGCUAUGUAUAUUUGUUAGUGUUAGUAGGUAACUUAUUUCCAUGGAAAAGUUUGCAUAUUUUCUAUCGGAUCAGAUCUACAUUAUUAAUAUGAUAUUAUUUAAAGAUAAUAUUUUAUUUGAUAUCAAUAAUAUCUUUUAUAGUGAUCCUAAAGGCGUUUACUUUGCCGAUUUAGUAGGAUUUAUAUACAAAUGGUUUAUAUGUUAUUAACUUCGGUACUGAAGAACAGCGGUUUUGCACUUGUAAAAUUAAUAUUUUUGGUUUGUAUAUUUAGAUUUGUAAAGAUCAACGACAAAAACCAAUCAUAUUUAAAAAAAUCUUCCAACAGUUGCAAAGCUACUUUUUUUUGCUGAAUAUAACCAUUGGCUGAAUUUAGCAGAAGAAACAGUUUUGCAACUGUUGUAAAAUUCUUUAAUGUUGGUUUCGUCUUUAGUUCUUCACUGGAUCUAAAUAUAUAAACCAAUCGUGUUAAAGAAUUUCACAACAGAUUGACGCAUUACUCUACAUUAUUACAUCAGUUUCACAUCACAUAUACAUACAUUUGCUAAUUAAUCUUUCAUAUUAGAUAUCUAAGCCUAAUUCUAACUCAUCAUUGUUUGUUCGUGUAAUUCCUAGUCCAA